CUUUACAGCAUAAUCUAUGACACGUUUGCAGCCAACAAGAACUCGUAAUUUUGACGCCAUAUUGUAUUGCGAAAGAAAGGACUGAUUCGAGGACGUGCAGGAGGCUGAUGGAUUGUAGGGGAUCGUGAAAAAUCCUUGUCACCAAGGUAAACAAAAGUGAUUGAAAUUUUCUAAUUUUCUAUCAGUAAACGAGAUCAGUUAUUCAGUUUAGUGCACUGGUUUGAUCUGAUAGAUAGAUAAUUGUCCAAAAUGCCUCCAAAGAAGACUGUUAAGGCGAAGAAAAAGAAGAAGAAGACAGCAGGUAAUUUAAGCAGAAAUUGUUUUCAAAACUAGGUAGAAUGUAUUUUAAAAUAUGGUGUGUGUAUAGAAAACAAAGACCUACUUAAUACUGUACAUAGGCCAAGUGUAAGGCCAUGUAAAAAAACCAUAUUAAACUCUCCCGCUGGGGAAUUUGGAAGUCAACCCCCUACCCCCUUUGGACAUCCUAAUAUGCUUACUAUUAUCAGAAACAAAUUUUCUUCCCUCUCCCCCCCAACUUCCAUAUAGCAGAAAUUUCCUCUGUAGUGGGGGUGUGGAUCGUUCUGGAAUGAUCCAAUAUUUCUUAGUCAAUUGCCCUAUAUAUAAAUGAAUCCAGGACAUAGUCAGAUCCCGGAUCCCUAUUCCCUACUCUUGGUUUCCAGAUUCGUAGAUUCUGGAUCUAGACUUGUACAUUCAGAUCUUGUACAGACUUCUUAUAAGUCGAUAGUUUCCUUUAUCUUGAUUCCGGAUUCCAUCAACAAACAGGAUUCGAUCUGGAUCCAGUGUUCAUAAUCUGAAUUCCAUGCUCCAUCCUCUGGAUUCCAAAGCACAAAUUUUGCCGGAUUCCUUUACACAGGGUGAAAUCAAACUCUGGGUAUUUUAGAGAACUUUACUUAACAACUAUUUAACUACAAAAAAUGGUUAAAAAGUAGUAAGAGGUUUGUACUAGUCUGUACAACCAGCGGCAGAACAAAGGCAUUUACAAGCUUCUUCAAGGUGUGCAUUUGAAACUACUGUAUAGGUUUCAAAACAUUUCUCCUGCAAAGUUUACUAACUUUGUACUAGCUAUGGGACUGUUCGUCAUUUAUAUAAGGUUUAAUGAGGAGGGAGAUGCUUAUGCCAUAUGCUAGAAAAAUCUCAUGGGAUCUGCCCUUUAUGAUGCUAUUGAUAAUGAAGAUCCCGAAAAUAUUUACAAAUACCAUAAACCUCCGAAUAUAAGCCCCUCUGUGUAUAAGCCCAAUAUGGGGUUAUUUAUAAUUGGGCAACGGCUCAGAUGAGUGAUGAUAAUUACAUUACAGUAUUAUAAUUUGUUAUUAAUGAGUUUUUAAGUUAAACUAUGUGUUUCUUUUUGUUCACUAUAUAGUUUACAGGUAUAUUGGUAUAAUAAAUGUUACUAAGGGGUGGACCAUUUGAUUUUUGAGGGGGGGAGGGGGGGUUGGAAGAUUUCGAAAAAAAAUUUCCUGCAAUCCAAGGAGAAAGGGAAAAAAAAUCAUGCAGCAUACAAUCGAGAAAAAAAAUAUCAUGCAAAAGAGAGCGCUCUACUGACGUUCUUCACUUCAGUAUUGUGUCCACAGGCUUGCAAGAUUUUGCAUUUUUGAGCAGGCACAUUUGUUUAAAAGAACACAGGGUGAACAGUGGACAACAUCACAGGGAUUCUACCGCCUUUGGAGCCUAUAACAUAUGAUAUAGCCAGUGGCGUUCCCUGGCAAACUUGUUGCCCCCCCUGAGAAAAUCUGGGCUUAAUCUAAUAUGCAUGGUAGAAAAAGUAUUUUUGGAUGGUUGAGUCUGUGUGCAUUUUUUGAUAACAUAGCUCCAAACUAUUAAAGCUUCAAAGGCCCAUAUCUACAGGAUGCAAGUUGAACGUACUGUAUAUACGAUGAUUUUAAUGCGAAAAUGCCAGUUUAGAGAGUCUAGAUUUUAAAAAAUUUCUGAAGAGGAUGCAACCCGAUCCCCAACAAGCUAUCUGUAUGAACGAUUGAAAAGCUACAGAGCUAUAUUUGGUGGAACAUUGUUGUUUCGGAGGGCAGUUAAAAAUCGCAUUAUUGAAAUCUUGUUUUAUUACAUAUUAAUCAGAGCUCAUUUUGUGAUUUUCCCUUGUUUAAAAUAAAGGACCGUAAGUGUUCCUUAGCCUUAGCACAGCAAAAUUGUUGGACGAAUCCAUGGCUGAAAAUGGUCCGCCCCUAAUAACACCAAAUAUUGUCCAUAUCUAAGCCCCGCCCUGUAUUAUAAGACCCGACCCAUAUAUAAGCCCAUCAAAAAAUGCUUACGAACGAAUAUAUUCAGAGGUUUAUGAGUGUGUACAAGGCAGGAGCAGUAGCCAAAGAGAAAUUGAAGUUGCAUGGAUUGGGCAAAUUGUAAACAUAAAUUGGGCAAUAAGAUCAGGAAAAUAAAAUGAAUUUUUCCAACUGAUAGGAUGAAUCUUGACAAGAUACAGUAUACCAUAGUAAGAUCUUGACAAGGUCUUCCAAGAUCAUAAUUGUAAGUUUUUGCCAAGAUCAUGGUGAAAUCUUGGUAUGACCAUGCUCAUGCAUGCAGGCAAGAUUAUGAUAAUUAGAUUUAGCAAGGUUGUGCUAAGAUCUUGGCAAGACUGAUGGGAUCUUUCCAAGAUCAUGGUAACAUUAUAUGAUUAAUAAGAUCUUAGCGAGUUUGUGAUACGAUCUUCGCAAGUUGUGAUGGGAUCUUGGUAUUAUUAUGGUGGGAUCUUUCCAAGGUCAUGGUAAGAUUAUGAUUGGAUCUUGGCAAGAUUGUGAAGAAUCUUGGCAAGAUUGUGAUAUAGGAUCUUGGUAAGAUCAUCACUGUGAUGGUAAAAUCUUAAAAUUAUUAUCCUGGGAUUGUGGCAAAAUCUUAGAUCAAUUAGAUCAUGGCAAGAAUAAGAUAGAAUCUUUAGUUAGCAAGUAUCCUUUGUGGAAAAAUUGUGUUUGCAAGUACGCAAAAUAGUGAACUUAAACUGAAAGCUUUAAAGCUUUGAUAAAUAUCAAGUACGGGGACGUGCCAAGAAACAGCUUACACCGGUCCGCUAUAGUCUUUUAGUUGUUAUGACAACAACUAUGAACUACCAUAGGAACCUUAAGAUUAAAGCAGGACGAAAAUGCUAUUAAUACAAUGAAAUUCAUAAUAUUGUUGGAAAUAAAUAAAUAAUGAAAAUCCCGCGAGAUUUUGGACGUCGUCCAAAAACAGCAAAUUCAUAGAUUAUCACGUCUUGACGUACAGACUACAGUACAGUUAUACAACGGCUAUGACAUUUCAAGCUGUGACAACUGCAAUUACUACAAAUAAAAAUUAGUUGUAGAACCUCGUUCAACCAUACACCUCUGUCUUAACCUUGAUCCUUAAACUGUAUUAAUUUCAUACAAUGGUAAUAGCUAGACGACAGGUUUUCUUUACAAAUAUUUAGUUCAAUGAGUCUUGUUGUAUCCUAAUUUGCUUGAAAGGACAAGAUAAGGUGGGACAAAUAUCAGUUUUUCUCGGACAAUUGACGAAGUAAAAUUGUCUUGUUUUUUUGAAUUACUGUACACUAGACCAUGUUAACAAAUCACUAGGGCCCCUGGUUAUAAGUAAACAUAGUCUAGUGUGCAGUAAUUUAAAAAAAAAAACAUGAAAAAUUUACUUCGUCAAUUGUCCUAGAAAAACCAAUAUAUGUCCUUUCAAGCAAAAUAAUUAUUUGCAGGCCUGUGACCACGUACUAGGAUACAUAAAGACUCAUUGAACUAACGUUGUCUGGUUAAUUUAACCAGGAGGUUCUGUUUAAAUUAACUUCUAAAGUAGGAAAUACUUUAGGUUAAAAUAAUGAAACUGUAUAAGAUAGCUCUUAAUGAUUUUAGAGAACUAUAUAUAGCAUCAACGUGCAUCAACUACAAUUACAGAACACUUCAGAACAUGCUGUAUAACAUGCAAUCAUGCAUAACACAUCUCCUGUAUCUAUUUCAAUUUAACAUGCUCAUUGUGUCAGGAAGCGCAGCCGUUUGUUCAAUUGUUCAUUGAUUUCAUUGAUUUCAUUGAUCAUAGGAAUUUUUUUUCAAAUCUUAAAUCCAAUAUUUCUAUACCAUUCUCCUUUAGCAGCAUUCACUAUCUUAUAGAUAGACUAAUUCAAUACUAAUUUUGCCAUACAUUUGGCACCAAUAAAAGUUGGCUGAAAUUCCUUGAACAUCCUUCAGACGGUGGAAACCAUUGAUGAAAGAGUCCAGAUAGAAAAUCGUACCAUUUUGUUGUUACAAGCAGUCACGUUGCAAAUUAAUUCUUCACUAAAUUCAAAGUUGAAGCUUCCUUAAUCCCUAUCAAGUUUUGCCAAAUGCGAUAUUCACCACACCGCACCAUUCUCUUUAGUGUUCAGUUGAAUGCCCUGUGUCCGACUGACUAUAACAAGCGAUUAUUUGAGGACGAUUUUAUCCUAGCUGAUGGAUCUUGCCAGUUUAAGUGAAAUCAUGCAUGAACUGAUAGCCAAUUGAGGCAACUGUCGUGCAUGUAAAAACAAAGUAGGCGUUACUCUAUAUGAUAUUGUGACUAUAUAGCUAGCCAGCCUCCCAUUUAAACAGCACUGAACCGAAUAGUUAAUGCUGUUAAAUAUUAUAAUAGUCAUGCAAUUUAAGUCCUGUUCUGUAAACGGACAAACCAUAUCAUGGUAAUGACAGUGCAUUUUCAAAAUAUUUGUACAUUGAGAAAUUUAGCCAGUCCAAUAAUGUUGCACAAUAAUACUUUGGCGUUUUUGUAUCUUUUAGGCUUAUAACUUAUAACUGCAUGUCUUCAACUGUACAAAGCACCAAACCUAUUACCAUGAUAACGCUUAAUAUUUAUUACCAUAAUUCUGGUGUUUUAGGGGAGAAGACGGAGCUUACGGUAGAAGACAAAUAUAAGCGAACCAUGGAAGAAAUUGAAAGUCUCAAGGUUGAAUUAGGUAUUCUUUUUUUUCAAUGCAAUAGUACCAUUUGACCAAAAUAAGAUCAAAACAGUCAUAACACUUCCGUCUUCGCUGUAAUUUUUGAUAUUUUUCCUAUAUCUCUAACUCGUCCAAUGCCCAAUGGCUUACAAUAAUGACUUUCCGCUCCUGCCACUAUACUUUUAUUAUCAAUUCGCCUUCAAAAUAUGCCCUAGACAUCGUUUCUAUUGCUUUAUCGUUUAAAUUUGACAAUUCUUGAAUGAGGUUGAGCAUAACAUGCAGAAUGAAUUCAAGGCCGAAGUCUGUAUUAUCAACCUUGUACAUCCAGAAGUGAAAUUUGAUAAUUCUUCAUAUCACGCGAAAAACGAAUUCAUUAAUUGUUUUAUUAUUUAUUUAAAAGAUUUUUUUAACCCAUCCGUACUUGUGGGUUCAAUUCAGGGGUCGGACAAUCGGACGCGGACCGAAACCCGGAGAACUUUGGGGGAUUGGGGGGGGGGGAUUACUGGAAGCAGGACAGAUUCAGUCUAUUUCUCUUCGGGUUUCUGAGCUAUUUUCAGUCUGGAACACGAUUGUCCCAGGGUUGGCACAUUUCACUGAUGAUUAUUGCUUCUCGGUGACGAGAAAUUGAACGCAUAAUUUCAUGAAAUUUUUUACUUUUAGUAUUUACAUUUUCGUGCUCCUCGCUAAACGACUUAAUGUCUUCAUUCAUCACUUUCACACACCUCACCAGUCACCACUUUUGACUGCGAAAUGACACUGAACUUGUAAACAUAAAUACACAAUGCAAUUACAGGCGUGAAAUGAUCACGUGAUCGAUACUUCACUAGUAAGGUCGUGGCUAAAGGGGAUGGACUAGAAGCAGGUUUUCAAGAUGGCCGCCGGUUUUUAAGAUCAUUACUAGUAAGUCUACAAUAAUUUAGGUAGUUCUUUACGCAUGGAAAAGCUCAAUUACUGAAAUUACGAGACUUUUUCUCACCAAUGUGAAGAAAGUUAGAGAUAUUGUUUAUCAAAAAGGGAUUCUGCCAUCGAAUUCGCCACAUCAGUAAGAACCAAAUGACGAAGGUAGAAUUUUUUAUGGUAUUUUAGAAUAGUAAUAGUAUUAUAUUAGCACUAGUUCUUUCUAAUAGUUUGCUCGUUUUCACACUUUUAGCAACACGAACUGAGCAUGCGCGUCGAUCACGUGACAUGUCAGCAAGGAUGGAAGAGCGCAUGUGUGAAGCACAAGAGGAAGUAAUACAAGAAAAAGAAGACAAACGCGAUAUUUCUACAGGUGUGUACAGUAUAAAGGUCUCAUCCGGAAGUAUUCUGUUUCAGUGGCUAUAAAGAUGGACGUGUUCUUUCUCAGUGUAGUUAAUUAGACCCUGAAAUCAGCAAGAUUUUCGUCAAUAUAUUAUAUUUAAAGAUUUUCGACGAGGAUUUAGUUCUAUUCACCGGCUCUCCAUAGGUGCAAUUUGUCUGCUCAUGCGCGAAAGCAAGGCGCCAGCAACAGUAUAUACGCUUCCUUCUUAUGCAUUUUACUACCUUUUAGUCUUUUAUUAGUUGCAACAAUUUCGAUAACUGUAAAAUUUGAAAACGCACUUCAAUUUAUUUACAGUAUCAAGUCGCUCUCUCCCACACAGGCUUCUAUUUAAUUAAUUAACACGCGGGCUGUAUACUUUGAAAAUGUUACAAAUUCCCCGCAUACAAGGCCUAUAUAGCAAUUCGCGGGUAUAUAUAGCCCGCAUUUUUAACUGACUAAAAACGCCUCUGUGGAGUACUCAGGAAUGUUUUUACAAAAUCCUUACAAUGGAAUAGUAUGGAUCUUAGUUGAAAAUAUAGUAUGGAAAUCCAAUUUUCAUACUAAUUGUAAUUUUCAUACUAUGGAUAGUAGUAUGGAAAUAGUAUGGAUAUAAUAUGGAUUUAGUGAUGCAAUCGCAAAUUCCAUGGUACGUAUAUAUGUAUAUAUAUAUAUAUAUAUAUAUAUAUAUAUAUAUAUAUAUAUAUAUAUAUAUAUAUAUAUAUAUAUAUAUAUAUAUAUAUAUAUAUAUAUAUAUAUAUAUAUAUAUAUAUAUAUGAAUUUCACUAUUUUUUCUAGUGGAGUAGAGAGGUAUCAAGUAAAGGACACUCUAAUUUCUUAACAUUUUGCGAUUUAGGGAAGCCUCACAUAUCGAUUUUGUCCGCAUGAGAAACGUCAUACAGUAUGUUCGUUUCUCUGGAGACCCCCCCCCCCGCCUCCACCCCACCCCCUUAGAAACGUCACACAUAGUUAUCGAUAUUUUGUUCUUUAAUAUAGUACACAUAAGGUAAUUUUCUACUAUUUUCUACGGUAGGCUAUUGGCGAUGCUUCCGUGAGGAAUAUGUCAUCAAAAUUUCCAACGUUUCUCAAAACAACUUUUUUUGCAUGAAAUAUUGAUAAUUUUAGCGCGUUUUUUUUUAAACUUGAGUGUUUUAAUGCAAGCCAGGCGUAAUAAUAUAAAUGUAUACGUAUAUAGAACAGGUAUGGUAUUACGAAUGUAAUGACGUUUCUCGUGGAAAAAACGAACAUAUGACGUUUCUCGUGGAAAAAAUCGAUAUGUGAGGCUUCCCUUAUGAAACGUUUAAACCAAAUUAUGAUUUACAACGAAAAUGAUCAUUCACUCCUCUAUUUUUAAAAGAGACUUUUUAGUCUAUAUAUACUAGACUAACUAAGACUAAGUGCCAGCCCAUACCUGAUUACAUGUUUUUGUAGAGCACGCCUUCUUAAAUUCAUUGUCGGUCGAUUAAAAGGGAAAGAUUUCAAAAAGGGUAUACCCGAUACAUUUCAGCCUAGUAACGAUCUUUUCAUUAAUAAGCUACUGCUGGACUAGAAUGCAUAAACAGUGUGAUUUGCUUCAUCUUAAAGUGAGAAAUGCUUGUUAUUCAGCCUUUAUAGAAUGUUACAUGUUCGAAUCGUCAUUUGCCGUACGUUAAAAAAAGCGACAGGUUAUCGCAUAUAAAUCCGAUUUACAUUAAUUUAUACACUUCGAAUUUCUUUUCUGAAUCGUAUUAAUUGUCAACUUCUUAGAUCUCACUCGCCAGUACAAGAUGAUGCAAUCAGAACUUGGUUUAAAAAUUCAUAUUCUGGAACAAACUGUAACUACCUUACGAUCUCAACUAGGUAUGAUAUAUAUAGUAUCUUUUAGAAAUAUACAUUUUGGACUCAGCUUUUUAGCCAGAAAUAUAAAGAAAAACAAAGAGUUUUUUAUUACAAAAUUUAUCAGAAAGCAAGAAAGAAAAGACCGAAGGAACAGGGCAAUUUUAUUGAAUUUGUUUUCGUCUUGACAAGUUUUGGGCAAAAGCAAAAUAGCUGAGAAAAACUUGAGAAAGAUACAGGAAUACCAAAACCAUAGUAAAAAAACUAAACAAAUUUAAUAAAUAUAACAAGUGUAAUAUAAGUAUUAGGUAAUAGUAUUGUUUCCGAUCGAGUGCAAUUUGGAAAAAACAUGCACGAGUGAGUUUUUCAAAGACGAUCAAAAUUGCACGAGUCCAAAGGACGAGUGCACUUUGAAGUCUUUGAAUAACUCACGAGUGUGCGUUUUUCCAAACUGCUCGAGAAACAUUGCUAUUACUUGUUAAUAAUAGUAAAUAUAUACAUGAAAAGUUUACACGCUUCGAUAACACCUGUGUACUCACCUACGCCAUUUAAGCAUUGUUUUCAUUACUUGUUACUUGUUAGCAAACCUUUUCAGUUUAUGUGCUCCUUGUGCUUAAAAUGUUAUAUUCACGUACGAAUUUCCAAUGAAAGUCGGCAAAAAGUCGGCAAAAAAGCCUAGCCAAUCAGAAUUGAGUAAUGUUUUCAUCUACAGGGUGUAUAAAAAAACUGAACAGAUUUGAAAUUGCUCUCAAUUUCGCAAAACAGCUCGUGGUAUCAAGUUGUUGUUAUAUAUAUAGAUUCCUUGAGUACCCAUAAUGUAGAAUAACGAAAAAAAAUACUCAAACUCAAAUUGUGUAAACCAGGGGGUGUUUCUUUUCCAACAAACUAAAAAUGGCUUGCGCACGAAAUUUAAAAGCUUUAAUCGUAUUUUGAGUUAAUGGAUGGAAAAUUUGUUGGGUUUUUAAUUACUGUACAAAAUUUCAGACAAGUUUAACUAUUCAUUUUUUCCUAAAAAAUCAGCCUUUCGUAUGCUUAAUUUAAUUAAUGCCUUUACCUAAUUUGCAUAUUGCUGACAAAUGCAAAUUAGGCAGAUGCAUUAAUUAAGCAUGCAAAGGCUGAUUUUUUAGGAAAAAAUGUAAGUUUGCGUGAAUAGUUAAAGGGCUUAAACUGAAGAAAAUUGUCUGAAAUUUCGUGCGGCAAUUAAACAUCCAACACAAUUACACAUUUUUCACCCAUUAACUCAAAAUACGAUUGAAGCUUUUAAAUCUCGAGCGCAAGCCAUUUUUAGUUUGUUGGAAAAGACCCCCCCCCCCCCUGGUUCACAAAAUUUGAGUUUGAGAAAUUUUUUUUCUUAAUCUACAUUAUAAGUACCCAAAGAAGCUAUAUAUAUAAAAAACCGGAUGCAAAUAGGUGUUUUGCGAAAUUGAGAGCAAUUUCAAAUCUGUUCAGUUUUUUUUUAUACACCCUGUAUAGUUGGGGUGGUAUUGGGUUAGGUGUACAUGGAUGUCCGACAAUGAUCGCUACCCUAUUGUUUGGCGAACAUAUCUUAAGUAUCUUUUCCAUUCGUUUAUGGUAGGUUUCAAUCUCAGGUCGGUUUCGUUCACAGUACGUUUCGUUCCCGCUUGAGGAUUGGCUUGGAGACGGGUGAGACAUUUCCAUUCGUUCGUAGUGUGUUUCGAUCUCAGGUGGAUUUUGUUCGCGAUACGUUUUCUUCUCACUCGGGGUCCGACUCGAGUGGGAUAGAAUGCUUUGGUUCUGUGACGGGUGGGAUGGGACGGAUGCUUUGCCAAAAAGGGGGUUGUAACAUAUUAUGUUGAUCUUUCUGUUCUGUAUAGUUGUUCGAUUUUUGAAAUUCGAUGAGGGGCAGAUUUAACUUUUAUACAAGUGUUGGGGGAUAUGGGAUUCGAUUUUGUUGCAUGACAAAAACAGGGUCAACUAUUGUUAUUAAUUGAAUCUGUCGUUGCUCGAGGCAGUUGGAUAGAUUGUCAUUUGCAUAUGUUGUGAAAUCUGUUUGUUGAGCAUUGCUAUCACAGUUUGGUUCCACUUGAUCAAAACUCUGAGGGUUAAUUAAAUUUGUUGUUGCAGGCUGUUUUGAUCAUGGCGUUGGUUGUUAUCAGGAUAUUGGUCUCAAGUCCUUGUUAAAGUCAGUGAUGUUUUCGGCUUUAGAACAGGUGGCACAUCUGCUAUUUUCCAUAACUUCGGCACCUUGCAUUCACGGAAAGAUGCAUUAA